GAUAGCAUCUGUAAACAAAGAAAUUCUUGGGCUAUAUAUGCAUCAACCUUUCAUUGCUGAGGCAUUGAAGGGGAAAGAAAAGAAGCCAUGGUUUUCUUAGGUAGCAAAAGGGUUUUGAUCCUUCUGGUAGUCCUUGUAUCUGCUGCUGUUCUGGUGCAGAGUAUGCAACCUCCAAACCGUAACCAACCUUUGAAACCUUCAGACGCAAAUCAACCUCUGAAUCCUCCAAAUAGUAAGCAACCUCUGAAUGCUCCAAAUGGUAAGCAACCUCUGAAUCCUUUAGACGGUAAUCAACCUCUGAAUCCUCCACAUGGUAAUCAACCUUUGAAUCCUCCAAAUGCUAAGCAACCUCCAAAUCCUCCAAACGCUAAGCAACCUCCAAAUCCUCCAAAUCCUCCAAAUGCUAACCAUCCCCCAGAUGUUAAAGUUUGCUCUGGCAAGAAAAGUCCGUGCUUUGGGAAGCAAGUACAUUGCCCAAAGGAAUGUCCAUCCACUUCACCGACAGACAAAAUGGCUAAAAUGUGCUAUCUCAACUGUGACUCUCCUAUAUGCAAAGCUGAGUGCAAAAGUCCCAAGCCCAACUGCAAAGGCCCUGGAUCAGCAUGCCUGGACCCUCGCUUCAUUGGUGGAGACGGCGUUGUCUUUUACUUCCAUGGCAAGAAAAAUGAGUACUUCAACUUAGUUUCUGAUCCCAACCUCCAAAUCAACUCCCGCUUCAUUGGUGUGCGCCCUGAAGGCCGAACCAGGGACAACACUUGGAUUCAGGCCCUUGGACUCCUCUUUGACUCUAACAGCUUCUCCCUAGAGGCCAGCAAAGCAUCAGUAUGGGAUGAUGAAAUCGACCACUUGAAAUUCACUUACAAUGGAGAGGAGCUAGUCAUCCCAGAAUACCAUCUCUCCGCGUGGGAAUCUCCGGAAUAUGACAUUAUAGUGAAGAGAACAUCGAGCAAGAACAGUGUUCUGGUCACUCUCCCGGAAGUUGCUGAAAUUUCAGUAAAUGUGGUUCCUGUGACAAAGGAAGAUGAUAGGAUCCACAAUUAUCAGAUACCGUCAGAUGACUGUUUUGCUCACCUGGAAGUACAGUUCAGAUUCUAUGACUUAUCCUCAAACGUUGAAGGAGUGCUCGGAAGGACUUACCAGCCAGAUUUCAAGAACCCGGCAAAGCCAGGAGUAGCUAUGCCAGUGGUGGGAGGUGAAGACAAGUACAGAACAACAUCACUCUUCUCUGCAGAUUGCACUGCUUGUGUUUUCACUCAACCCGGUAAGCUGGAUCAGACAGAUUCAAGGCUGAUGGAUUACGGAAUGCUUGACUGCACUGGUAAUUCCUUCGGUGGGAAUGGAAUAGUUUGCAGGAAAUAAUUGAUAGUCACAAGCUCAUGGAAUAAGUGAAUGUUUUAAACUUCUCGGAUGAUAAUUUAAAGUUGUGUGGUCAAGAGUUUUGGAACAUAAUCCACCUCUAAGUGUUAAUUUC